GCGCGCCGGCAAGAUGGUGGCAGCGGCGGGUCCGUUGCGGCGCCUCCGCCGCUUGUGCCGCGUGCUGCUCUUCCUCUCCCAGUUCUACAUUCUGUCGGGCGGUGGAUCCUUGAAUUUAGAGCAUUCGCAGCCGCUCGCUCAGGCCAUAAAGGAUCCGGGCCCAACACGUACAUUCACCGUAGUUCCCAGGGCAGCAGAAAGUACUGAAAUCCCACCCUAUGUGAUGAAGUGUCCGAGUAAUGGCUUGUGUAGCAAACUUCCUGCAGACUGUAUAGACUGUGCCACAAAUUUCUCCUGUGUUUAUGGAAAGCCUGUCACUUUUGACUGUACAGUGAAACCUUCUGUUACCUGUGUUGAUCAAGACUUCAAGUUGCAAAGGAACUUCAUCAUCAACAUGACUUGCAGGUUUUGCUGGCAGCUUCCUGAAACAGAUUAUGAGUGCUCCAAUUCCACCAGCUGCAUGACUGUGUCCUGUCCUAGAGAGCGCUAUCCUGCCAACUGCACAGUACGGGACCACAUUCAUUGCUUGGGUAACCGCACUUUUCCUAAAAUGCUGUACUGCAAUUGGACUGGAGGCUAUAAGUGGUCAACUGCUCUUGCUCUAAGCAUCACCCUCGGUGGCUUUGGAGCAGAUCGCUUCUACCUGGGCCAGUGGCGUGAAGGCCUCGGCAAACUCUUCAGCUUCGGUGGCCUGGGGAUCUGGACGCUCAUAGAUGUCUUGCUGAUUGGAGUUGGCUACGUGGGACCAGCGGAUGGCUCUUUGUACAUCUAGCCAUGGUUGGGUGCUUCAGAGAGGAGCAGCAUUUACAGAGUCUCUGGCUUGUAGGAAAUGAUGUGGUAUGAGUGGUGUAUUUGUGUGUUUUUAAUGUACAGCAUCUGUACUUUGCUUGCCUUGAUGAAGGUAAAAUAAAUGAAACACUGAACCAUGCCAACCUGGAAUUUGUUUUUCAUUUGCCUGAAACAUUUUUUUUUCUGUGAAAAAAUUUAAUCUUAAAGCCAAAAGAACAAAUUCUGUGGUGUUUGAAAGUCUACUUAAUUUCUAUAACAUUAGUUAUACACGUGCAUUGCUUGAGUAACACUGUGCCACUUUACCUGAAUACCAUCUGCCUUGGGAGCCUUUCAUCUGUGACUAGAGAAUGGGCAUGUCUAUUCUCUUAGCUAAAUAAAGGUAUCCCCAUAGGCUUCCAGCAUCUGUAAGUCUUGAGUGUAACAUCUUUGUGGUAUGGUCUUUAUAAAGUGAAAUGUAGUUAAUGUGUCUAGUUUGUCAUGUUUGAAAUCUGUCAGAAAUGUAAAAAGUUAUAAAAAUACUGAAAAUUUAAUAAAAUUGCAAUUACCUUAAGAAUA